AUCUAGUGAUAUAGCUCGAAGUACAUACCCCGGUUUCGGCGCAUUCUUGAAAAAAAAAAACUCGAAAGGUGGUAUGGAGGUAGCACAGGGGGCAUGAUUUUGGGAUAUCCUAGCUUGAUGUUAGUGAAAGCAACGUUCAAAGCUGAGAUUCUCAUCUGCUCCGUGCAACCUAAUUUUACUCGUUCCUUGGCUAUUUGAAAGCACUCAUCUUGACACCUAACAACACAGAUACGGCACUUCGGCAGCUCUCGGGAUCGUGUAUUUUUAUUUUCAAGUGCACUGGAAACGCUAAUCUUUGUCACCAAAAAAAAAGAUUCAAAGUCGAUGUCAAUUGUCAAUUGUGCAACCGGGCUUAACAUCAAAUUGAACACCUUGACCACCAUUAUCAAAAGGCUGGAGGCGGCUACAUCGCGUCUCGAAGAUCUAGCGGCUUCACAAUCAUUGAAUGCACAGACACACACCCAAACGUCAGUCUUGCAAGCUCCCCACGCUGCUCCAGCCGCCCCAUCAGCACCUCCCCCGCCUUCUGCUCCUGUAAUCGUGGAGGAUCCACCAAUCAUAACUGCAUUCGAUGAGACUGUUGUCGUUAAACUAGCACCUUUCCUUCAAUUAAGCGGGGAAUUGAGUCCCGUUUUGAAGGAUCAAGUUAGCCAUGUAGCAAGACUAUUUGAGUUACAGAGGGGAUUGAUCCUACAGGCUGCCCAAUGCAAGAAGCCUGCUGACGCGGCAUUUGGUGUCCUACUCGAGCCCUUUUCGAAGGAGAUCGCACUCGUUGGGGAGAUCAAGGAUUCGAAUCGGUCAAAUCGCGAGUUCUUCAAUCAUCUUUCCACCAUUGCCGAUGGAAUACCUGCCGUCGGUUGGGUUACGGUCUCGCCAAAGCCCGCUCCGUAUGUGACAGAAAUGAAGAAUGCGGCCCAGUUCUACGCGAACCGAGUGAUCAAAGAGUUUAAGGACAAGGACAAAAAACACGUUGAAUGGGUGAAGAGCUUCGAUGCGCUUCUUGAUACAUUACAGAGUUACGUCAAGGAGCACCACACAACCGGACUCGCCUGGAAUCCAAAGGGCCAAGACAUUGCAUCGUAUAAUGCACCCGCCACGAAACCUACAGGGGCGCCAUCACCACCGCCGCCGCCGCCGCCGCCGCCGCCACCCUUGCCUCCAGCCAUUUCCGUACCCCCGGGGUCGGGCCCAACCACAGGGGCGAACGGUGCAACCGCUGUCUUUGCGCAGAUUAACCAAGGCAGCGAUAUCACUAAAGGGCUACGUAAAGUCCCGAAGGAGGAAAUGACACAUAAGAACCCGUCGUUGAGAGUAGGCAGUGUUGUACCUUCCGGCUCAUCACCCACAAGAGCCACGUCGCCAGGACCGCCUGGCAAGAAACCCGCUCGGCCUGCCAAGCCAGUUGCUUUAGCGGGGAAGAAACCGUCGAAGUUCGCGUUGGAGGCUAAUAAAUGGGUUGUGGAAUUUUUUGAGGAUAAUAGGAACUUGGCCAUUGAAAAUACUUCUAUUAAUCAAGUGGUUAGUAUUUACGGGUGUAAGAAUUCAACAAUUCAAGUGAAAGGAAAGGUUAAUGCAGUGACUUUGGUCCAAUGCAAGAAGACAUCCGUGCUCGUUGAUUCUGUCGUAUCCGGAAUUUCUAUAACAUCAUCCCCUUCCUUCGCAAUUCAAAUUACUGGCAAAGCACCUACAAUCCAGUUGGACACCACUGAUUCUGGCCAGAUUUAUCUGUCGCGGGAAUGUUUAGAUGUGGAGAUCACGUCCGCCAAGUGCAGUGCGAUCAACGUCAGCUUACCGGUGGAAGGAGAAGAUGAUGGCGUAUUUGUUGAACGUGCUGUUCCAGAAAUGCUCAAGACUAUCAUCAAAGGGGGGCAGUUAGUGACCAACGUUGUAGAACACUCAGGGUAGAAAGAGACUUGCUGGAUACUGUACAUUGCAUCGUGUUAAUUAGGCUCUAGCCGUGGGUAUGGAAUAAUAUUCAUAGUUUCCAGCGGUGAU